CCGGCGUGUGCGUCAGUUCUAGUCAAGAUGGCGUCCCAGCAGCAGCAGCUCCAGCCCGGCGGACCGAUGUCUCAGCCCGGACUACAACAGUCCGCCUCAAUACAGCAGCAGCAGCAGCAGCUGAGUCAGCAGCAGGACUUUGACCCGGUCCACAGAUUCAAGAUGCUCAUUCCGCAGCUGAAGGAGAGUCUGCAGAAUCUAAUGAAGAUCGCAUCCCUGAAUCUGGCCCACAACACGUCAAUUGACAACGGCAUCAAAAGCAGCGACGCCUCUGUCCAACGCUUUGACAAGAGCCUGGAGGAGUUUUAUGCCCUUUGCGAUCAACUGGAGCUGUGUUUGCGGCUGGCCUACGAGUGCCUUUCCCAGAGCAUCGACAGUGCCAAACAUUCACCCAACCUGGUCCCGACGGCCACCAAGCCAGACACGGUGCAGACGGAGUCCAUGUCCUACACCCAGUAUCUCGGCAUGAUCAAGUCUCAGAUCUCCUGCGCCAAAGAUAUCCACAACGCUCUGCUGGAGUGUUCCAAGAAGAUCGCGGGGAAGGGACAGCCUCAGGGAAUCUUGUAAACCCGAACUGACUAUUCCAACUCUUUGUGCAUCCUUUUCCAAGGAAGAUGAUGGAUUUCAUAUUUUGGGGCUGUCCUUUACAGAUCUGCUUGUUCAUAUUCUGUUUCAUUUGUCAAGAUCUUGUGUCCUUUUCUUUUUCUUUUUUGGUGUGGAUAAUUUAUGUUUCUUGUAAGCUGUGUAAAUAGUCCCAACAAAGUCAUGUCCUGAGAUGACCAGCAGGUGGUGGCAGAGUUGUACCUGCCACCUCAAUAUUCACAGGUCUUUUUGUAGCUUAUUUGUACUGAACAUUAAAAUCUUUCUACAGAUGCUGA